GAAAGUAAAAUCGGCAGCGGGGCUCCCCUCACAUAAAAGGGAGGGGGCGGGGCCGCACACACCUGAGGCUGAUUGAUGACGUCAUCUCUUCCUCACUUGCCAUCCAGUCUCCAACACACCGGAAAUGUCAGUCUUUCAAAAUAUAAGUAUUUUUUUUCUGUUCAUUUGCCCUUUUUCAUGAUGUUUCCUGUUUAGCUUUAAAACAUUUUUCAUUUGACGAGAUAACAAAAAAAAAAAAAAGACUUGUGUUUCAAGAGACACGGCGGAUGUGCACGCUGGUGCACACGCGUUUGUACGAGGACGAGCUGAAGGUCACGAGCACGAGCUGAAGGUCACGAGCACGGGCAUGUCAGCUCAGAGUCCGAACAGCCAUCACGUUUCGUGACGUCGACGAGGAGGAGGAGGAGGAGAAGAGGAAGAGGAACAGGAACAGGCGUAACUGGCAGCAGGACUCCGUACGUCAAGAUGGGCAACCGCGGCAUGGAGGACCUGAUCCCACUGGUCAACCGGCUGCAGGACGCGUUCGCGGCCAUCGGCCAGAACGCCACUUUGGACCUGCCUCAGAUCGCCGUGGUGGGCGGCCAGAGCGCCGGCAAGAGUUCCGUUCUGGAGAAUUUCGUUGGCAAAGAUUUCCUCCCGCGGGGUUCAGGUAUUGUCACUCGGCGCCCCCUAGUGCUGCAACUCAUCAACUGCCCAACAGAGUUUGCUGAAUUCCUGCACUGCAAAGGAAAAAAGUUCACCGACUUUGAAGAAGUUCGUCAGGAAAUUGAAGCGGAAACCGAUCGAGUGACGGGACAAAACAAAGGAAUCAGUCCCGUUCCCAUCAACCUGCGCGUCUACUCUCCCAACGUGUUGAACCUGACGCUGGUGGAUCUUCCCGGGAUGACCAAGGUUCCGGUGGGUGACCAGCCGGCGGACAUCGAGCAGCAGAUCAGAGACAUGCUCAUGCAGUUUGUCACCAAGGACAACUGCCUCCUGUUGGCCGUCUCUCCCGCCAACUCCGACCUCGCCAACUCCGACGCCCUCAAGGUCGCCAAGGAGGUGGACCCCCAAGGUCUCAGAACCAUCGGUGUAAUCACCAAACUGGACCUGAUGGACGAAGGAACCGACGCCAGAGACAUCCUGGAGAAUAAACUGCUGCCCCUUCGCAGAGGUUACGUCGGCGUGGUGAACCGCAGUCAGAAGGAUAUCGACGGCCGUAAAGACAUAACGGCGGCGCUGCAGGCGGAGAGAACGUUUUUCUUGUCCCACGCGGCCUACCGACACCUGGCCGAGCGGAUGGGGACCGCCUACCUGCAGAAACUUCUCAACCAGCAACUGACCAAUCACAUCCGAGACACGCUGCCCGCUUUACGCAGCAAACUUCAGAAGCAGCUGCUGCACAUUGAGAAGGAAGUCACAGAAUACAAGAACUUCAACCCAGACGACCCCGCUCGCAAGACCAAGGCCUUGCUGCAGAUGGUGCAGCAGUUUGCGGUGGACUUUGAGAAGCGAAUCGAAGGUUGUGGAGAUCAGGUGGACACGAGCGAGCUCUCAGGAGGAGCCAAGAUCAAUCGCAUCUUUCACGAACGCUUCCCUUUCGAACUUGUUAAAUUGGAGAGUGAUGAGAAGACUCUUCGCAAAGAGAUCAGCUUCGCGAUCAAGAACAUUCACGGCAUCAGGACAGGUCUUUUCACACCCGACAUGGCGUUUGAGACCAUAGUCAAGCGUCAGAUGAGUCAAAUUAAAGAACCUUGUCACAAGUGCAUCGACUUAGUCAUCAAUGAGCUUGUGAACACUGUCAGACUUUGUGGCCUCAAGUUGGCUCAGUAUCCGUUGCUGCGGGAAGAGAUGGAAAGAAUCGUCACUCAGCACAUCCGUGACAGAGAAAGUCGCACAAAAGAGCAGGUCCUGCUGCUGGUGGACAUUGAGUUGGCGUACAUCAACACAAACCAUGAAGACUUCAUUGGUUUUGCAAAUGCUCAGCAGAAGAGCAGCCAGAUGAACAAGAAGAAAGCGAGCGCCAAUCAAGAUGAGAUCAUGGUGAUUCGUAAAGGCUGGUUGACCAUCAACAACAUUAGCAUCAUGAAGGGAGGGGCCAAAGAGUACUGGUUUGUUUUGACCGCUGAGAAUUUGUCUUGGUAUAAAGACGACGAGGGGUCUCCACAGCGCGUCAUCCUUUUCCAUGAGAAGGACAAGAAGUACAUGCUAACGGUUGAUCACCUGAAGCUCAAAGAUAUUGAGAAGAGUUUCAUGUCCAGCAAACACAUUUUUGCUCUCUUCAACACUGAGCACAGGAAUGUGUACAAGGAUUACCGUCAGCUGGAGUUGGCCAGUGAGUCUCAGGAGGACGUGGACAGUUGGAAGGCAUCUUUCCUUCGCGCUGGGGUGUACCCUGAACGCAGUGUGGAUAAAGACAAGGUGGAGGUGGAGGAGUCCAACACCGACGGUCAAAUCCAUAGUGUGGAUCCUCAGCUGGAGAGGCAGGUAGAGAUCGUCAGGAGCCUGGUGGACUCUUACCUGUCAAUUAUCCAUCGCACCAUCAGAGACCUCGUCCCCAAGACUAUCAUGCACCUGAUGGUUAACAAUACCAAGGACUUCAUCCACGCCGACCUGCUGGCUCAACUUUACUCGUGUACUGACCAAAACACUCUGAUGGAGGAAUCCCAGGAGCAGGCUCAGCUCCGUGAUGACAUGUUGAGGAUGUACCACGCGCUGCGUGAAGGUCUGAACAUUAUCGGUGACAUCAGCACGUCCACCGUCACUACCUCCAUGCCACCCCCUGUGGAUGACUCGUGGCUGCAGGUGACAGGGAUGCCGAUAGGUCGCAGGUCCCCGAUGUCCAGUCCGACGCCACAACGCCGAGCACCUCCCGGCCCCCUUCGCCCAGGGGCCCGUCUGCCACCUGGCCCCCCCACUCGUCCCGCAGUAUCACCUGACCCCGGACCAUCUCGUCCCAACAGAGCGCCACCACCUGGAGUCCCUAGAAUCUCCAUCAGUGAUCAGUGAUCACCACCAAUGCGAGCUCCUUUCACCCUGUGAUCCUGGCCUUUCCCCAUGCUUUAUAGCACUAAUGACAAUCUGUGCUCCAUAUGUUUGCAUAAGUAAAGAAGCCCUGGAGACUCAUUUUAUCUUCUUGUAGUUUGAUGACAGUGACAGUCAUAUUUUCAUAUCACAGUAUUACCACUAUGAGUGUUGUUUUUGUGUAACCCUAAUAAAAUAUCACAAGGAAGUGUGCCAGUUGGCUAGCUACGUAGCUAGCAAACAUGUUAUCAUUCAAGUGUUUUACUUUCUCGAGUGAAGACAAAAUGUUGGUCCUUAAGUUCAUCUUUACAAUGUAAAGUUUGACCGUUGCUGGAAAUGAAUGAUGAUUCAUUCAUCACAAUUUAUGACUGACUUACUUCUUUGCUUAACAUAGAUAUGAUGAAGAUACUGAUAUAGUUCUGAGCAUAUUUAAAGCAGCUUACAAACCCAAUGUGUAAAGUGCAUGUUCUUCAUGUGUGUAUAGUAAUAUACUGUUUUUUGGAAUUUUUGUUAACCCUAAUAAAUAAACUGCAGUAAAAUAUUUAAAAUGUUUGUUGUAUAUUGAGAUUUUUUUUCUCCAAAAGCAAUUGGGUGAUGGUGAUGAACAUAAAGUUUCAAUGGAGAGUAAAAUGAUAUAAAUGUUCGGUCAACAUUUCGCCAAUGGAAAUUGAUCUUUUGAUAGAUUUAUUUGAAUGUUGCAUGUUUGUCUUUCAUGUUGUUCAUGCAGUGAUGUAAUAUCAUAUGCACUUGGCGUGUUUGUAGCUGUGUCAUGUUGUGUUACAUCAUAAAUGAUUUCAGGGUGCACUUUGUAACCAUUAGCCUGUUUUAUUGUGUAUUUAUCUAUCAAUAAUGAUGUAUAUUUAAUGUACUGUGUUUGAAAAACUUGUAAGUAUAGAUGUAUGUACAUCAAGCUGGUGUUGUGACCCCAAUUUCUAGAAUUUCCCAUGAUAAAAUCUAUUGUUUGACCCUU